AUGUCAAAGUUGCAAAACGAAACGGUGAGUGUGCCUGCUUCUGGAAAAUGGAGCUGGAAUGAUGAAACACAAACCCUGGAGUUCACUUGUUUUAACAUCUCUCCUGGGAUUAAAAGGAAGAGAAAAGCCUCAAAAACGCCUUCGUACCAAGAGCUUGUGAGGGAACAUCUGAUAAAAAUUUCUCAAUGCAAGUCUUCGGCCAAAGGAGGGAGCUCUGGUCUGAGGAAGAGUGUGGGACUUGCUGAGCUGAACGCCUACAAUGCUGCUGCAGAAUGCUCACAGAGGGACUCGAUCACCAUUGAGGACAUUAAACAAGUGGCAGUCUCGUUGAUGCAGGAGAAUGAAGCACUGCCUAUUCCACUUUUCUUUUUGACUGUGAUUAAGAGUAAGGAGCUGGACGAGUUUCUGACUGCUCUUUUGUUGUACCUGCACUGCUACUGGCAGAGGAUGGCUCUGGUGGAGAAGUCCAAGCCCCUCAUGGUGGAGCAGAGCGUGACAGAGCAGCAGAUGACAGCAAAAGCAAGUGUUAAACUGGAGCUGGCCAAGAAGCACCUGGCUGUCUGUUACUCCAGUCUGGUGCUGGGACAAGGUCUCUCCCAACAGCACCACAUGGCCUGUGGCAGGAGCAGGGUGUCGUCCACUUACAGAGACAGGCAUUUGUAUGAGUGUCUGUACAGCUUCUUCUGCUAUGUGGCAUGGGUCACCUUUGGAAGGCGGGAUCUGAAAGGCAUUCAGACUCUGAUUGGUUGCUUGUUGCGUCCUGACACAUUCAAUCCUGCCCUGAGGGCUCAAAGGAAAGAACCAGAGGAGGAAGAGGAGGAGAAAGACAGCACCCAGAAAGAGAGUCAGCCUGAGACCAGCCCAAGCAUCAGGAAGUCUUGGCAUAGGCCAGGCCUAAUCUCUAUGUUGACCCAGUGCUCACCUGUUAUGAUGUCUAUCCUGCCUUGCACACGAGAAAAAGCAUCCAAGUUGCUCCAGAGAUCCAGCCUCCACAAGCAGCAGCCAGAUAAGCUCAUAGACACAGAUGUGCUGAUGGAGGAGCUCAGCCAACAGUUGGAGUCGUACAGCUUCGGGAUACUGGGAAAACCUCUGAGCCAUUUGAGACACACCACACUGAUGCCCCAUGGAGCCAAGAAGGAGGAUGAAGAAGUGGAUGAUGAAGACCAUGUUGAUGAUGACGAUGAUGAAAACAAUAAUCUGCUAACAGAUAACAGGGUUAGGAAGACCACCUUUAUGCACCAGAGAUCUGCCACAAUGACAGCAGGGAAGCGCAGCAGCUUGAGCCGGGCUCACACUGUGACCUUGAGAGCCACCACGGAAGCACCGUUGUCAGAUACGGAAUGAAUUUUACUUUAAUGUGUGUGCGCAUGUGUAUG